CCUCUCUCUCUCUCUUUAUUGAUCUUAAAACUUUAAGCCUUCUAAUUGAGUUGCUCUUUUUCUAUACUACAAGCCAGGAGAGAACAAAAAAAAAAAAAAAAACAUAUAUACAGCCUAGCUUGCUCGCUAUAUCGAUCUUCUUAGAUCUGACGUCCAACACCAAUAUCAACGCAGAUCAGGUGCAAAUGAUCCGAUAUUGAAGUCAAUCAUCAGCAAAAUGGAAAGAAAGUGACGUCAUAUCUUCUCGUAUGUCCCACAAAAUACUCUCUUUCUACGUAACACUGACUAGAGCUCAAACUCCGAACGCAGACACCCACCUUGGCUUUCAGCUAAAUCUUCUUUUGUGCCUCCAAAGCGCAGGUGCAUGUAGUUAAUCUCCAUCUUCAGCGGCAACAUCUUUUCUGCGUGCGUGACAAAGAUGGUGAUCACAGAGUCCGAAAUGAUCUCCCAAGGCGACGUCGAGUCGUCGUUACCGGCCUAUCAACAACCCAAGAACAACCCCUUCUCAUCGCUCGGAAGACAAUCCUCCAUCUACUCCCUCACUCUCGACGAGUUCCAGCACACGCUCUGCGAGAGCGGCAAGAAUUUUGGGUCUAUGAACAUGGACGAGUUCCUUGCCAGCAUUUGGACCGCGGAAGAGAACCAAGCCGUCAACUCCACCGCCACAACCGCUACCACCACCAACAAUGCCGUCAAUAGUAUGAGCAGCCAUGCCCAGUUGUCUCUGAUCGAUGCGCAUACUGAGAAGGGAAUAUCAAAGCAGCCAAGCUUGCCACAACAAGGUUCGCUCACCCUUCCCGCACCGCUUUGUAGGAAAACAGUGGAAGAAGUUUGGUCUGAAAUCCACAAAGGGCAGCAAGGAACGCAUCAGAAUAAUAACAGCAGCAACGAUAAUGGUGAUAACGUUCAUAAUCCCGAGUCCGCGCCGCGCCAGCCCACUUUCGGAGAGAUGACCUUGGAGGAUUUUCUGGUGAAGGCAGGGGUAGUAAGGGAACCAUCAUGUGCAUUGCCUGUCUCUCAAUCACAGCCGCUGCAGCAGUACGGGGUGUACCAAAAUAACAAUCCCACAGAGGCUCCCAGUUUUGUAAAUAGGCCCAUAGCUGGACUCGGUGGUGCUGCUGGUUGUGUUAGUGCCGGAGGUGGUGCUGGUGGUGUAAGUGCUGGUGCUAGUGUUCCUACUUACCAAACAAUGCCACUGGGCGGCGGGGCUAUUGGAGAAUCGUCAGGGUAUGCUGGAAAUGGCAAGAGGAGUGGUGGGUACCCGCCGCCGCCUCAGCCGCCACCGGUUUAUUAUGGUGGGAGAGUAGUGAAUGGUGGCGGCGGAUACGGUGCACCGUCGGCUAUGGUAGUGGCGCCGGUGAGUCCGGUUUCUUCUGAUGGGUUGUGCAAAGCUCCGGUCGAUAACUCGGGGAAUCAAUUUGGAUUGGACAUGGGAGGGUUAAGGGGAAGGAAGAGGAUUAUAGAUGCAGGUCCGGUGGAAAAGGUGGCGGAGAGGAGACAGAGAAGGAUGAUCAAGAAUAGGGAGUCGGCGGCGAGGUCGAGAGCUAGGAAACAGUACUGUGAAGAAAUGAAAACCAAAGUUCAAACCAAGGCUCAAAAGGAUAAAGAGAGACUGAGGGUGUUGAGGAGGAAUCUAAGUUGCCCAUUGUGAAGUGCUACAUGAGAUCGACCAAUUAAUGUGUAUCAUGAAGAACGAAACCAGCAAAGGUCAGACCCAAAAAAGAGAAGCUAAACUGAUGCAUGAAGAGGUCGGUAAUGAUAAGAAAUUCGAUUAAUGUCCCAUUGCGAAGAAACCAGAUUGAUCAUAACUGCAUGAAAGUGCAGUGCAUGACAUUGGAUUAGCUUAUGAUUGAGACUCUAUAUAUGAAUGAUCACUAGCUAUAUAUAUAUAUAUAUAUAUGUAUGUAUGUAUCAAAAGCUAGAUAGCUGCACUUGGUCAUGCAUGCUAAAGUCCUUAUAGCUAGCAGACAAUGAGAGUGUCUGCAUGGCUUUUAUAGCUCUUGCUACCUUAACUAUACCGCUAGCUAGGCGCUGCUCUUGUUUUUAUGUCCAGGAUUGAUGGUAGAGAUCUGUAAAUGUUGACCUGCUUGGGUAUUUCUAUAAGUAUCCGUGAAUAUAUAUUAUUAUUAUAAGCAA